UUAUUUAUAUUGACAAUUUUAAUAAUAUGCAUUUUUAAUACCACCGUAUUAUUUGUCAGGAAACACAUAUGUUAUAGUGAGUGGGCUUUGAAUGUGACAUUGGACUGUCGCCAGGAGGUUGCAGCGCAGGUGAUGUCGUCUCUUCUGAGGGAGGAGAUGCAGAGAGUUUUAUUCCGACCUUCAAAACAGAGACUGGUGGAGUACAUUGAGAUUGAAGAGCCAACACACGGAAGACAUUUUCUCUGUGUCUCAGUUGCUAAAAACAAAUUGGUGCAGUUAUGUAUAGUGCGAUGUCAGAUAUCUCAGACGGCCCUGAAGUCUGGAUCCAAAGGGUCCCACACCCAACGCUCCAGCAUACAGGAGUGCUAUAGGAAGGCGGAGGUUUGGUCCCUGCAGGACCUGACUCUUGUUGACGGACGGGAUGCUGAUGUGGAUGACCCCUGUUUCCUGCUGCACUUUGACAAGAUCCGUACAGUGACGGCUGUCAGUUGCUCGGCCAAAUAUUCGUUUGUGCGUGCCCUGGUGGUUCUCAGCGACCAGCACUGCCAGAAGUCACUAAACCUGCGGAACUUUGACUGGGCCUACAUCAAGCCCACCUCCUUCUACUCUAACAGAGGCGACUGUGUUGUUCUGACACAGAUCUGCUUCUAUGCAUUCAACUUGGUUUGUCUGUCCAUGUGUCCCGUGCCUCUGGAUGCAUAAUGGAAUGACACAAUGAUUGUGUGUGUGUCAUUUCAGGUGUGUGUAGUAUGAAAUGGGUGUAGUAUUGUGGCUUCGGAUAUAACAAAAGGGCUUAUCAUGAAAUGUCUGUUGCAUCAAUACUCUUGCUGGCAAAUGCAAGUUUUAACCUGCUAAGUGUUUGUUAACAGUAUACUCUUCUAUUGUGAUAAUUUCAUGACUUAUCCCUGAAAGUAUUAUAUUCUCAGUGUUAUUGUAUACAUUUCCAUUCAAA